GCAAAGUUCUUCAACGAAAACAAAUGUACAAAUCAAAACCGUUUUAAAGCCUUUGAAAAACUUUGUUUUGUAUUAAAAUCAUCAUUACAUGUUAGAGCUCAUCUAUUUGGUUCGUCUUUGAAUGACAUGGCACUAAAGCAAAGCGAUAUUGAUAUUUGUUUGGUAAAUGAUAAACCAAACAAAAAGUUUUUGUUCAUUGUAUCAUCAAUUUUAAGAAAAAAUAAUUACGAAAAUAUUAUAACACUUAGUCAUACUAGAAUACCUUUAAUUAAAUUAUUUGAUCCAGAGUACAACAUCAAUAUUGAUUUAUGUUUAAACAAUCUAUUAGCAAUCGAAAAUUCAAAAUUAAUAAAAAGUUACUCAUCAAUUGACCCAAGAUUUCAAGUAUUGUAUAUGUUAAUCAAAGCAUGGGCAAAAGCUAAGGAAAUAAAUGACGCUGCAGAUGAAUCGUUGUCAUCAUAUUCGUAUGCAAAUUUAGUAAUCUUUUAUCUUCAAACAUGCACUCCACCGGUUUUACCAUGUCUUCAUAAAAACACAGAAUCACUCCCAAAGAGAACCGUAGAGAAUUCAGUCGUUGCAUUUCAUCAAGAUCCAAAAGCUUUAGGUUUUGUUACUAAAAACACUUUAACCGUUGGUGAACUCUUUUAUGAUUUCUUAUGCUUCUAUUCAACAUUCGAUUUUAAAAGAUAUGCUAUUUGUAUUAAUAAAGGUCACAUGGUGGAAUUGAAAAAUUGCCAAAAAGAACUGUUAGUCGCUCCAGCCUGUAUUUACAUUCAAGACCCUUUCAUAUUUGACUUUAACCCUGGUAAAUCAAUGACCGAAAAGAAUUUCACCAAAUUAUUGACAGAGAUUAAUAAAACAAUUUAUAUUAUCUCUAAUGGUAUAAAAGAUUAUGGUUUCGAUCAAAUCUUUUCUGAACCAUCUUUAUUAUCUCUCAGUAGUAAUGUAAAGCAACAUAACUUGACUUUAAUAUUAGAUAAUAAUGAUGGUGCUAUGGAUAAUAAUAACAAUAUAGAUAAUAGUAAUAUUAAUAACAACGAGAAAUUGGACAAAAAAAAGAAUUAAACUAGUUUAAUGUUGGGUUAGUUUUAGAAAUAAUAUUGCUUCAAGAUUAUCCAUUUUUUUUUUUUUUUUUUUUAAAAUAUUCCAUUUUUUGUAUUGUAAAAACUAUUAUAAUAGUUUAGUAAUUAAUAUUAAUUUAAAAUAAAUAAAUUAUUAUAAUUUAU